UGUAGUAGACGUAGCUUAUCCGAACCAUAGUAAAAAUAUUCCAUAUUUCAGUCUCUCAGCAGGCAUCGAAGCGAAGCUGGAAGAAAACCGAUAGAAACUGAACGAGCAUGCGUUUAUGUAUUACAGAAUGAAUUAUAAGAUAACAUCGUUCCCGGAUAAAACACCGAUUUUCGCUCAGGCUGCUGGUUUCAAAGUCGCAUGGGAAUUACCAACAAAUAACAUCUUGGACAAUCGCGUUGGCAGAUCCCUUUCGGAGAUCCACAAAUCCGCGAAGCUAGUUUACCAAAGUCACGGUUUUGACGGGCACUCUUGUCUCUUGAAGAACAUUUGCCAUAUUCUAGAGUACGUUAAACGAAAUGACGGCGUUAUUGCGAAGAUAUUGAAAUUAUUCGUCGGGCCGUACAUUAAUAACGACACGUCGACCAAUCCUGGAUCGUCGGAUUUCUGUCGCGUUCAUCUAGAAAAUUGUCCAUUACAGUUUCAAGGGGUCAACGCUUUUUCCAACAGGAUUUACGAUCUUUGAUAAUGUUAUUUCUAGAUCAAGAGGAUUCUACAUUUACGAUUUUCUAUUCAAUUCUAUUUCGAAAAUAUAUUAAGUCGUUUAGUAUGGGACGAUCGAUUACUAUAAUUACUUUCAGUUCGAGAUUUGA